AUGUUUGGUACCAUUGGAACAAUAUUUCUCAGUGCUGCAUUACUUGCUGUGGCUUAUGGUGUUAGUACCGAGGAAGAAUCUUCAUUUUUUUCCGCUGAUACCUUAGAUUUCAAUAAUUGGACACGAACAUUACGUGUACUAAAAGAGGAGAAAGAACGUAAACCUAUUGUGUCACCCUGUAUACCAAUGAAAAAUUGCUCAAUUGAUUUGGACUGCAAUGGCGGAAAAUGUUUUGGUAUUGCAGUUGGUACAUGCAACUGUGCUGCAUGCUUGCAAUUUACACCAUGCAAAUCUGAUGCAGAUUGUGGUGGCUUAAGAGGUGCAUGCAGCAAUCAAAAAUAUUGUGACUGUGACAAAGGUUUUAAAUGUGCUGGCUUAAAGGGUAUCUUUGAUGCAUUAUUCAAAAUAUGCAAUCGAAAAGAAUGCAUCCCAAAUUCCACUUCGUGUUUUGGACUACCAUGCAAUACUGGAAUAUGUUCUUGUCCUACUCAACCAUAA